AUGUCUCUCGACACUGCCCAUCAGGAGUGUGCUGGUGUUUUGCAGUGUCUACGGCCAGCUCAUAUAUUACCCCUUUCACCUCCCAUAUUUCCCAUAGAGAUAUGCGAGCGAAUCAUAGACCAUCUAGAUCCAACAUCUCGAAAUGUGGCCAAUCGCCUAGCGUUGUUGGCCUGCGCCCUCACUUGCCGCAGAUGGUACCCAAGGAGUCGUGUCAUCUUGCUAGAGGAAGUGGACAUUGGUUCCAUGACUGUGUUGGUCGGCUUUGCUCGUAUGGUCACAGCGAAGCCUUCCUUUGGUGAUUAUGUUCGGUCCAUUCACAUCUCCAAUGAUCUAGCCAAGUCGGAGAAAUGGCCCGGAUCUCGCAACCCUUUGACGUCUUUCCCAACAAUGCUGGCGCGGAAACUGACGAACCUGAACACGCUUCAUUUAUGCUGCAUGCCGCACUGGGAUCCGGCUGUGCAUUCGACGUCGACUUUCUAUUGGGCCCUAUCUGAAUUCACAUGCGUCACGUCACUCCACCUCCGAGACAUCGACUUUCCUUCCGUCAACGAGUUUGCUCAUCUCAUUCAAGGACUUCCCAAUCUACAACGUCUCGCAUGCAUGGGUCUACGUUGGACGCGAUAUUCUUUGGAUCCGACAGUCUAUUUGCGAAGCGGGUCACACAAUUGUCUGACACACUUGUACCUGGACACUUCCCAAACACUCAUGAAGGAUGCCGUCGAAUUUUUCGUCGGUUCUGAGUAUGGCGCACAUCUCGUUGACCUCCGAGUUGGUCGUCUUCAUGUGUCGGAAUUGGGCCCCUCGGGUAUAGGGAGCCUACUCCAAGCUGCGGGCACAUCUCUGCGAGAUGUCAGGUUCAACAUCGCGUCUGUUGUGGAUGCCGAUUUAGAUGACCAUGGAACUGGAGAGAGUAAGUUCGAGCUCCUUUAA